CGCCUGGCCGAGCUCGACCUGAGCCACAACCGCCUGCGCUCUUUGCGCGGCGACGGCCAGGCGCUGGCGCUCCUGCGCGGGCUGCGUAAGCUCAGCCUCAGCCACAACCAGCUCGGGGCCGAGGGCGACGGCACCCUCCCGGCGGGGCUGGGCGAGCUGCGGCAGCUGGAGGAGCUGGACCUGAGCUUCAACCGCCUCCGCCGCCUGCCCGAGGAGGCCCUGGCUCGCCUGCAGCAGCUCCGCGCCCUGGACGUGGACCACAACCAGCUGGCCGCCUUCCCUCCGGCCCUGCUGGAGCUGGGCGCCCUGGAGGAGCUGGACUGCUCGGGCAACCGGCUCCUGAGGGCCCUGCCGGCGGGCAUCUCCUCGCUGCGGCGCCUGAAGAUCUUGUGGCUCAGCGGCACCGGCCUGGCGGCCCUGCCGGAGAGCUUGUGCCAGCUGGGGGCUCUGGAGAGCCUCAUGCUGGACGGGAACCGCCUCAGCGCCCUCCCGGCAGGCUUCGGCAGCCUGCAGCGGCUCAAGAUGCUCAACCUCUCCUCCAACUUGCUGGCCGAAUUCCCCGCCGCCGUGCUGGCCCUCCCGGGCUUGGAGGAGCUCUACCUGAGCCGCAACCAGCUCACCCUGCUGCCGGCGGGCCUGAGCCAGCUGGGCCAGCUGCGCACCCUGUGGCUGGACAACAACCGCAUCCGCUACCUGCCCGACUCCAUCGUCCAGCUUCAUCAGCUGGAGGAGCUGGUGCUGCAGGGCAACCAGAUCGCCAUCCUGCCCGAGGGAUUUGGCCAGCUGGGCCGAGUCAGCCUCUGGAAGAUCAAGGACAACCCACUGAUCCAGCCCCCCUAUGAGGUCUGUAUGAAGGGCAUCCCUUAUAUUGCUGCAUAUCAGAAGGAGCUGGCCCACUCCCAGCCUGCCCUGAAACCCCGUCUCAAGCUGGUCCUCAUGGGCUUGAAAAAUGCUGGCAAAACUCUGCUCAGGAAGUGCCUCAUGGAGGAGGAGGAGGAAGAGGAACAAGGGCAAGGGGAGUCCUCCUUAAUGGCAGCCAGGAAUUAUGUGGACAAAACGCGGACCAGGGGCUGCUUCACUCAGCCCUUGAGAGAGCUGCCCCAGUCUCGUUCCUUGAAAGCACAGCCAAACCAUUAUCCUAUUGUUGAGCAGCCGGAGGCUUCUCCGCUGAGGGCGUCUCCCCUAAAAUGUUCCUGCUUAGGAUGUCUCUCCCCUGAGCAAUGGGAUGCCCUCUUUGACCAACCCUCCAAGGUUCCUGGGCAGAACCAGGUUAAAUGCCUUACUGCCGAGCAUCAGGCAGAUUCCCCAGUGGCCCCGUCACACACACAAAACGGGGAAACGCACUUAGGAUGCUACCCUCUGCCACGGCCCAUGACGUCCCCAGCUUCACGUCUGGCAGGGCCUCCGGAGAGCAGCCAAGGCAUCGAGGUGGCAGACUGGACGGCAGAUAUGGAGAGGGGCUUGACUUUCAUUGUGUACGAACUGGCGGGAGACCCAAGUUACGACGUGAUCCAGCCCUUCUUCCUCUCUCCCGGAGCCCUCUAUGUCCUGGUGGUGAACCUGAGCACCUACAUGCCGCAGUGUUUUUAUCCUUCCGUGGGACACUUCCUCCACUGGCUGGGGGCGAAAGUGCCACACGCGGUGGUGUGCAUGGUAGGCACCCACGCGGACUUGUGUGCUGAGCGGGAGGUGGAGGAGAAAUGCUUAGAUAUCCACCGCCAGAUUGCCUGGCAGGAGAAGUGUGACUACGAGGGCCUUCAGAGUUUGGCCCAGCAGGUGGACGAAGCCCUGGGGCAGGAUUUUGAGCUGCGCUGCUCCAGCCCUCACGUUGCCUUCUACGGGGUGUCGGACAAAAACCUGCGACGCAAGAAAGCUCAGUUCCAAUACCUGCUGAACCACCGCCCCCAAAUCCUCUCCCCGGUCUUGCCUGUCAGCUGCUGGGACUGUUGCCAGGUACGCCGUUUGCGAGAGAAGCUCCUCUCCGUGGCCGAGCACCGAGACAUCUUUCCCAACCUGCACCGGGUGCUGCCAAGAUCCUGGCAGGUGCUGGAGGAGCUGCACUUCCAGCCCCGAGCUCAACAGCUGUGGCUCAGCUGGUGGGACUCGGCUCGGCUCGGCCUGCAGGCGGGCCUGACGGAGGACCGCCUCCAGAGUGCCCUUUCCUACCUGCACGAGAGUGGCAAGCUCCUGUACUUUGAGGAGCACGUGACCCUGCGGGAGUACGUUUUCCACAACUUGCCCCGGCUCAUAGACAUCCUCAAUGUCUUCUGCCAGCGGGAUGCCACGGUGUUACUCCAGAAACUGCUCCGCAACGCCCCCGUGGAUGAGCUGAAGGCCGCGCAGCUCCACCACUACGUGGAGGGGUUCUUGCUGCACGGACUGCUCCCUGCCCACGUCAUCCGCCUCCUUCUCAAGCCCCACAUCCAGAGCAGAGAGGAUCUGCAGCUCAUCCUGGAGCUGCUGGAAAAAAUGGGACUCUGCUACUGUGUCAAUAAGCCCAAAUCCAAACCCUUGAAUGGCGCUACUGCGUGGUACAAGUUCCCCUGCUACGUGAAGAACGAGAUGCCCCAUGCAGAAGCGUGGAUCAAUGGUACUAACCUGGGUGGACAGUCCUUUGUGGCUGAACAGCUGCAGAUUGAGUACAGUUUCCCCUUCAUUUUCCCACCUGGGCUGUUUGCCCGUUACAGUGUCCAGAUUAACAGCCACGUGGUUCAGCGAUCAGAUGGGAAAUACCAGAUCUAUGCGUACAGGGGAAAAGUGCCUGUGGUGGUAAGUUACAGGCCUGCCAGAGGCACCCAGCAGCCAGAUACAUUGUCUAUUGCUAGUCAUGCAUCUCUGCCAAAUAUAUGGACAGCCUGGCAAGCCAUCACCCCGCUUGUGGAAGAACUGAAUGUACUGCUUCAAGAAUGGCCAGGCCUGUACUACACCGUGCAUGUUCUCUGUUCCAAGUGCCUUAAAAGAGGGUCACCCCAACCACACACCUUUCCAGGAGAGUUACUGAGUCAGCCCAGGCCAGAGGGAUUAACUGAGAUCAUCUGUCCGAAGAAUGGUAACGAGCGCGUGAAUGUGGCUUUAGUUUACCCCCCUACACCGACAGUGAUCAGCCCUUGUUCCAAGUGACCUCUGGAAGACGCCUGCUUUUGCCCCCUGUAUUGAUGGGAACCGAAAUGUGGAACGUUGUACAUUGAACUGGACACACAUGUGAAGUCUGCCCAAAUUGAUUCUCAAGAUCAAUUGGGCUCAGAGUGUGUGUGUUCCCAGAAACUCUCUGCAUUGGCUUAUUGAAGGAGGAAACACAGCAAAGCAUCCCUUUCUUGACUUAGUCUUGAACUUAUAUACACUAUAUUCUAAAGGCUCUGGAUGGUUUUAAUUGCUUUACAAGAACCAAAACAAGAGCAUUGUUGGCUAACAAUGAUGUGCCGAGCUUGAAAACUCCGUGAACUUUGUCUGGACCCACUGAUGAAUGUAAGAACUUUUUCAAUACGGUCACCAUUUAGGUGGACCUGAAGAUGUACCUGAUUAAAAGGAAUUAUUGGCAA